UCGCCUUCUGGACAGACCCGCUCUGCGAAGGGGCAGCUGUGAAGAUCGCCCGCCCGGUGACCUGCCGCUUCGCCGUCCUCCCGUUUUGCCCAGCGAAUAACUUUCUGAGAAGUGCAAAUCCGUCCGAGUGGGUGGGAGCUUCGCUCCAGGGGGCCAAGCGCGGCUGCGGGAGGACGCGAGCGCCCCAACCAGCUGCAGCCGACUGGUUGCCGGACCCGAAGAAACCCCGGGGAGGCGGGCUGCCCCGGAGACGGCUCGCCGGUUGCAGGGCUCGCCGCGGCGCCCCCUCGCCAGCCCGGCUUCGCACGGCCCCGGGGUUGCGCAGGCGCGCCGGAGAGAACGGCCGACCCGGCUCCCCCGCGCUCCGCGGGACGGUGGUUCCUUCCGGAGCGCGCCCCUCGUUCUCCGCCCAGUGGCCUCUCCCGCCGCGCAUGCGCGGCAGUGCUGCCCCGAGGAGCGCGGCUCGAGCCAUGAGUGCGGAGCGGGAGCAGCGGCUGCGCCUGGUCCGCGAGCGGAUCCGCGACUUCCCGGACUUCCCCUCGCCGGGGGUCAUCUUCCGGGACAUCAGCCAGCUCUUAAAGGACCCUCACGCAUUCAAAGUUGCCAUCGAUCUGCUAGAAGAACACGUCAAAGCUGCACACCCGAAGAUUGAUUACAUUGCAGGACUUGACUCCCGCGGCUUCUUGUUUGGACCAGUUUUGGCACACAGACUGGGGGUCGGGUUUGUGCUGGUCCGGAAAAAGGGGAAACUCCCAGGUCCUACAGAAUCUGCUUCCUACACCCUUGAAUAUGGAAAGGCCGAGCUCGAGGUCCAGAAAGAUGCAGUGAAUCCAGGUCAGAAAGUGAUCUUGGUGGACGACUUGAUCGCCACAGGAGGGACCAUGCGUGCUGCCUGCGAACUCAUGACGAAGCUGCAGGCCACCGUGCUGGACUGCAUCGUGCUGACGGAGCUGAGGUUUCUCAAAGGGGCGGAAGCGCUGAAACCGUUCCCCCUCUACUCUCUGCUGCAAUACGACUGACACCAGGUGACCGGAGGCGACCUGCGUUGUUCAGGAGCACGAGGAGGAAACAGCCCGCGGCUAGCCUCCCGCCCACACGGUUGCUCGGCUUGCGUCGGCCACAGUGAGCUUGCCCCCGGAAGCUUUGUCCCCUCCCCUCCCCUCACCCAACCUUCGCUCUCUUAACCACAUAGACAGGAACUGUUCUGGCAGACUUUGAGCUUCCAGAAUUUCCAGAAUCCAGUUAAGAUGUAAUGAUUCCGAUAUCCCAUGUGAGCUUUUCUCUCUUUGAAAGAGAACCAAACCAGCAAAGGAGCGCUCUCUCUGUUGGAGAAAUUGCUUGGCCUCCUUACAGGGGGGAAGGCCAGCCCUCGGACUGCCAAGGGGAGAGAGAAGUCCCCGCACUGGAGCCCUGUUCUUGCUGUAUUUCUUCCCUGGUUUUGCUCACAAAGCCUCCCAAAACACAACCAGCUUAGCGGGGGUGGGAGUCAACCAGCGUGCUUCUUGUUGCUGUUGGAGCAGGAGUACUCUGGCUCUUGGACCACAGAGAAUGCAGAUUAAUAAACCUGGUGUAAGGCUGAAUUUA